AUGAAACUACUAAUAAUUAUUCUAAUAUUGACACAACUCUUACAGGGCGGGCCGCAUCAACCAAUCAAGAUGUCAAUAUUAGAGCAUGUUGAGCGUAUCAAAGAGGAGUAUAAUUUUUUACAACAACAACUGCAACAACAACGCGUUGAAAUUGAGAAGUUAUCGCAAGAGAAAGAAGCGAUGCAACGACAUUACAUGAUGUAUUAUGAAAUGAGUUAUGGCCUCAAUGUGGAAAUGCAUAAGCAAACUGAAAUUGCUAAACGGUACAAUGCAAUUCUAUCGCAAAUUAUCCCUCUUCUACCAGCAGAGCAUCAGCAGUCAGCACUUGCUGCGAUGGAUCGUGCUCGACAAAUCAGUAUGGCUGAGUUGCAUCAGGCAAUUGGAAGUCAAAUGCACGCACAUCAGCAAUUGGCAAUGAUACCAGGAAUGGCUAUGGCAGGUCCAAUGAGUUUAGCAGCAGCCGCACAAGGACCUUUCCAUCCGUCGGUAGCAGCAAUGGCUGCAGCUGCGCAAGGAUUAGCGAAGCCGGACGAGAAGAAUGACGAACGGAACGCAAGUCGAGCUUCACGGCCUCGUUCAUCCACUCCAGAUACCAAUCAGAAACGGCCGAAGGUGGAAUCAGAAGAUGGGGAAGGUGAAUUAGAAAUCGACGUGCAGAACGAUGAUGCGACAGCAACGAAUGGCGUUAACUUGAAAAAAGACGGUCGUGAGAGUGCACAUUCUGUUUCAUCCGGUGACUCAACACCAUCUGGUAAAGCGCGUAUGGCGAAUGCAUUAGCCUCAGCCGAUAUGAAUGCAAUGGCUAGCUCUUUACUGGCAAAUCCUGCACUUGCAUCAUUUGCUGGUAGAUCUGCAGCAGCUGCGUUGCCUGCUAUGCUUGAUCCACAUGCACAGGCUCGAUUCAUGGCUGGUAUGAGUCAAGCGAGUGCUGCUGGUAUGCCGAAUGGGAAGCCAUCGUAUGCAUUCAAAACGACUGAAAGUGGCCAGUUGCAACCUGUCAACUUUCCGCAGGAUGCACUCAUUGGUCCAGGCAUACCGCGUAUAGCACGAAAGGUGCACGAUUUACAGCACGGUGAAGUGGUAUGUGCAGUGACUAUUUCUCAACAGAAUCGACAUGUUUACACGGGUGGAAAAGGAUGUGUGAAGGUGUGGGAUAUAUCAAGGGCAGAAACGUCGAAGAAUGCGAUCUCAACACUUGAGUGCCUGAAAGAUAAUUAUAUUCGAUCGUGCAAGUUAUUUAACGAUGGAUCAACGUUGAUAGUCGGGGGUGAGGCAUCCACAAUAACUGUUUGGGAUUUGGCUACAGAAACGGUGAAAGUGGAGUUGGACAGUGAAGCGCCAGCAUGCUACGCACUUGCCAUCUCUCCUGAUAACAAACUAUGCUUUUCAUGUUCAGCUGAUGGUAAAAUCAUCAUUUGGGAUCUGGAUAGCAAGAAAAUGAUAACCUGCUUACCGGGUCAUCAAGAUGGUGCCAGUUGUGUGGAUUUAUCAAGUGAUGCAUUGCGACUGUGGAGUGGCGGAUUGGAUAAUACUGUCCGUAGUUGGGAUUUACGUGAAAGAACCCAACUUCAGCAGCAUGAUUUUGCAUCACAAAUCUUUUCAUUAGGCUGUUGCCCCACUGACGACUGGGUUGCAGUUGGUAUGGAAAAUAGUAAUGUUGAAGUGCUGCACGUUAGUAAACCAGACAGAUACUCUUUACAUAUGCACGAAAGUUGUGUGCUAUCGCUAAAGUUUGCACAUUCCGGUAAAUGGUUUGUAUCAACCGGCAAGGAUAAUGUUUUGAACGCAUGGAGGACGCCAUAUGGUGCUUCACUACUUACCGCAAAGGAGAGUUCAUCAGUGCUAUCAUGCGAUAUUUCCUCGGAUGACAAGUAUAUCGUGACCGGCUCCGGUGAGAAGAAGGCGACUGUCUACGAAGUCGGAUACUGA